GUUGGUUUCUUGGUGACCUGAACCACUCCAGCUGGUAUUCAAUCGACAAACGGCACCUGCAUUAGUACAGACUCGGAUUCCUGACCGACGAAUCGGGCGUACCAGAAGAAGUCAUCGCGUAGAAUCUGUUCAAUUACCACAUACGUUGAAGCAAUCAGAUGGACAACAAUCGAAAUCUCCUGUGCGAUAGAUGUCAAAGCAACAUACACAAGCCGCUACGACUACACCCAAUCGAUCCCAUUCUCCUCCAUUCGAGUCACGUACCCUCACAGGUAGAAGUUUCCCAAACGCUGGAAACACUGGAGAAAGAGAAGCAACAGCUGCAGCAGUAUGAAGACACUAUCGAUUCCUUACGUCAAAUUCUGGAAAAGUUGGAAACUGAAAGACAGCGACUGGAAGCUCACAUCUCACGGCGUCAUUCCAUUACCUCCGUUCAGCGUAGGAUUCCUGUAGAACUCUGGGAAACCAUAUUCUCGUUCGCGUGUUCAUUUAGCUCCGAGGACGGUUAUUCUCUGUCGAUGAGUUUCAACCCUAUUUCCGGCGUUAGCACGGUGACUACAUUCCCCAUCCUUCUCUCUCACGUCUGCCGCCGCUGGAGGGCCAUUUCUAUUGGCUGCCACACAAUUUGGUCUUCAAUUAGCAUCAAUCGGAUGAGAGAAAUCUCCAUGAAACAGAAGAUCCUGGUUGGGGCCUUCCUGGCAAACUCAGCGAAGUCUCCUUUGGAUAUUCGGGUCGUAGAGAACCGGCUGUCGAGACACACUCACGCAACGUGGGACCUCUUGAAGAGCCAUUUAUCGCGGUGUGGGCGAUUAUCUCUCGGUCUGACGCAAUAUACUAGUCUUGAUACUUUUCAAGGCAUGGAUAUCACAUUCCACGAUUUAUUGUCUCUCCGUGUUGAUGUUGAUACCUCCAUUCCCAGUGAACCGGACUUGGAUAAUCCGUUCUGGCAGGCGUUAUGUCACGCUCCGAAGUUUACACAAGCCCGAAUAUGCAAAAUUUACCCCCACAAUCCGCUUCCUUAUCCCCAACUCACUACAUUGGUCAUCAACUCCGUUUAUCUCGAAGAUGUGGGAGGCCUGCUCCGGGCACUUGAGCUCUCCAGGAACCUCCGCUCUUUUUCAUUGCUGGAAAUUGAAUUCAUUUACCUUCCAACUUCCGUUGAUCACAUGAUUCGUCCCGUUGAAAUGCCCUCAUUACGCACUCUGUCACUCUACCCGGAAAUCAUGUUACUACAUAUGGACAAUCCAAUACUCGAUGUAUUGUGUUCGUCGUUGGUGAUGCCUACUCUUUCAGCCUUUGGUCUGGGAUGCACAAAUUCGACUUCAAACGUAACGCGUUGGCCCUCCUCACUCCUCUCCAUGUUGCGGCGUUCAUCCGCAACUUUGCGCCACGUGUGGCUUACUACCCUUUGUCCUGUCCACGGGUUUUGGGAAGCACCUCUCGACAUGCUGUUAGAGACGAUCCCUAACCUGACACACCUUGACCUGGGGGAGUGGUUCAACAAUUACGAAUACCAUUCAUCACGCAAUAGUCUCAUUUCAUCAACUAUCACCGACAUCGCCUGUCUGUCUCAAACUGCUGUCCUCCCAAAUCUCGAACAUAUGUCUCUCGUUUGUGUCCAAUUGGAUCCCGAUAUCCUAUUGAAAAUUCUCGAUUUCGCCGCCUCGAGGAGCCCCAGCCGGCUUUCCAACGUCGCUCCCGUUCCCUGUCGUUCCUUAAAAACACUCCGCGUUCUGUCAUCCCUUACGGACAGCUCAUCCAAAUUCGUUCUGGAAGCCCACAUGGUAGAGAAAAUAAGGCUCCUGGAGCAGGAUGGGGUGAAGGUUGUCGUUGAGAAUAACACUGAGGCGGCUUCAAGUUGGCCAUUAAGAAACGUGGAGGGUUGGGACAUUCUGAAUAAAUGACGAGCGAAGCUUGACCAUUCCUUUCCAUGGCUCGGCGCAUACGUCCACGACAAUCGUGUCCACGUGUAACUUGGCCUCUACAUGCACGAUCUUACCUUACCGUUCCAUUUAACCAUCUUUUCGGGUAGGGAUGGACACAUGGUUUGAGUUGUUUAAGUGGGAGGGAAGCAUCGGAAUCUCGGAAUCGGUUGGAUUUGCUGCCUAGUUCCGUUUCUGUGCAUACAUGGCUUUCUCGAUUUCUUCAUUUCUCUUGUAUAUAAAGAUCGGAUGGACUCAUGUCUAGAGAGUAGGUGACUGCCAGUCACCUAUGGAUGUCGAUACCCAUUAGCACGAGAUUCCGUGUAAACUUCGAUUAUCUGACCUGCCGC